UAAGAUUCUGACAUGGGAUGCGCUUGGAGUGAGCCAGAGAAAGUGCAACAAGAUAAGAGUAAGGCCAUAGAAAAGCAAAUACGCCAGGACGCUGAAAAAUCUAUGAAGGAAGUUAAAUUACUGCUACUUGGAGCUGGCGAAUGUGGAAAGUCGACUGUGUUAAAACAAAUGAAAAUUAUUCACGGUGAAGGGUACAAGGAAGACGAAAGGAGAGAAUAUAAACCUAUAAUUUUUGCAAACACCGUCCAGUCCAUGAUAAAGAUUUUAAAAGCGAUGGAAUCACUGGAUAUAACAGCUGAUGAUUUUGAUCCGGCGGAAGAAUUAAAACACCUAAAUGGAUACUUAGCAACAGUUGAAGAAGGAGAAUUUCCGGAGGAACUGUCCAAGCUACUGAAAUCAUUAUGGAGUAGUACCAGUGUGCAAAAAUGUUUCGCACGUUCCAAAGAGUACCAAUUAAAUGAUUCAGCCGGCUUCUACCUUGAUUCCUUAGAUCGAAUGUCAGCUAAUGAUUACUUGCCGACUGAACAAGAUGUAUUAAGAUCUCGUGUCAAGACGACCGGCAUAGUGGAAACAAACUUCCGUUUCAAAGACCUAGACUUCAAGGUGUUUGAUGUUGGUGGACAACGUGCUGAACGUAAAAAAUGGUUACAUUGUUUCGAAGGUGUUACAGCAAUCCUUUUUAUUGUUGCAAUGUCUGAAUAUGAUUUAAAGUUGGCUGAAGAUCAAACUACUAAUCGUAUGCAUGAAUCAUUACAAUUAUUCGAUUCAAUAUGUAAUAGUCAAUGGUUUGUUGAAACAAGUAUGAUAUUAUUUUUAAAUAAGAAAGAUUUAUUCGCUGAAAAAAUUACAAGAUCACCAUUAACUGUCUGUUUUCCAGAAUAUACUGGUGGACAAACUUAUGAAGAGGCAUCAAAUUAUAUUCGUGAAAAAUUUGAAGAUGUUAAUCGUAGAAAAACUACUAAAACAAUAUAUACACAUUUCACUUGCGCUACAGAUAAUAAUAAUAUUCGUGUUGUUUUCGAUGCUGUUAUCGAUGUAAUAAUUAAAUCAAAUUUAAAAGAUUGUGGUUUAUUUUAA